GUCACUGAGAGUCUCCCUACUCGGAUUCUAAAAUUUUUCCCUCUCAAGUUCUGUUCUGUUCAUUCCAUGCUUUAAUGGUAUGAUUCUGAUCCAAUCAAAUGAUCUUCCUCAUCCUUGGCCUCUAAAUGCUGUGUUCUCUAACGAUGAUAUCUCUCAAACCCCUGCCUACCAACCUCAAUUCAUCCUUCCAUUCCUUAACCCCAUUUAAACCCUUCACCCCCAUAACUCAAACCCUAAAACCCUCAAAAUCCCACUCCUAUUCCGCCAUUCAAUCCGUCCUCCAAUGGAAUAGAAAGCCCGAAUUGGCUGGAGACACCCCACGCGUUGUAGUAAUAACCUCCGGCAAAGGUGGCGUCGGCAAGACCACCACCACCGCUAAUGUUGGCCUCUCCUUGGCUCGCCUGGGCUUUUCUGUUGUUGCAAUCGAUGCCGAUGUUGGCCUCCGAAACCUCGACCUGCUCCUCGGCCUUGAAAAUCGCGUGAAUUACACUCUCGUCGAGGUUAUGAAUGGCGAUUGCCGUCUGGACCAAGCCCUAGUGCGUGACAAGCGGUGGUCCAAUUUCGAGCUUCUGUGCAUCUCGAAACCUCGCUCGAAGCUCCCAUUGGGUUUCGGUGGCAAAGCACUGGUAUGGCUGGUGGAGGCACUAAAAACCAGACCCGAAGGCUGCCCUGAUUUUAUAAUUAUAGAUUGUCCGGCUGGAAUCGAUGCAGGGUUCAUUACGGCCAUAACUCCGGCUAAUGAGGCAGUGCUCGUCACAACACCAGAUAUUACUAGUCUACGAGACGCAGAUAGAGUGACGGGGCUUUUGGAGUGCGAUGGAAUUAGGGAUAUAAAGAUGAUUGUGAAUAGGGUGAGGACGGAUAUGAUCAAAGGCGAGGACAUGAUGUCAGUGCUGGACGUGCAGGAGAUGUUGGGGUUGGCGUUGUUGGGGGUGAUUCCAGAGGAUUCGGAGGUGAUUAGGAGCACGAAUAGAGGCUACCCACUUGUGUUGAAUAAGCCCCCUACUUUGGCAGGGUUGGCGUUCGAGCAGGCUGCUUGGAGACUUGUUGAGCAGGAUACUAUGAAGGCUGUUAUGGUGGAGGAAGAGCCCAAGAAACGAGGGUUUUUCUCCUUCUUUGGAGGAUAAACAUUAAUUGCUGCCAUUUGGGCCACGUUAAAUUUUGCCAAGCUUAUGGUUGGCUGUGAGAAAGGGAGUGGAAAGCUGUGUACAGUGGGUUAGUGAUGUUUAUGUUUUGAUUUUCUUUUCAAACAUUUGAAGUUUCCGAUAAGGACAUUCCUUAUAUUAGUUUAUUGGGCUGCUAAAUUGCAUGCCUGUGUUGUUGGAUGAGGAUUGCUUUUAUAGUUGUGGUUUGAAUGGAGAAUGAUGUAUCAGGUCAUCAUCAUUGCGUUUAUUUAACUAAUUCAGCUUUAGAUUUUC